CCCUCCCCUUCGGAUUCUCCCCACACGGCGGCGGCAACCCCGGCCUCCACUUCGCGUGCUAAUACACACGCGGCACGCUUACGCCUACCGCGCAGGCAGGCAGUGGCACUCGGAACGCAGCCACUGUCGUUCCACCAGGCAUGGCACAGGGCUCUUCUACUUCAUUAUGGCAGCAGCGCGACACAGCACUCUCGACUUCAUGCUCAGCGCCACAGCUGAUUGUAAUGCCAUUGUUAAAGGUCUACAGUCCAUCUUCCAAAAGGAGGGAAUGACAGAGACUAUUCAUAACUGGGAAAAUCAUGGUUACCUAGCAACAUAUGUCAAUAAAAAUGGCUGCUUUGCGAAUCUGAGAAUUUAUCCUCAUGGUUUGGUUUUGGUUGAUGUACAGAGUUGCAAUGAUUUGAAUGAGAGAGAAGAAAUAGAACAGCUUCUAAAUAAAGUAGAAGAAAAAAUGAAAGAACUCUUUCAUAAAAGUAUCAAAAGGAUAAAACGCUUGCCAGUCAUUAUGAGAGGGGAUGCCAUUGAUAGAUACUGGCCUACAGCAGAUGGGCGAUUGGUGGAAUAUGACAUAGAUGAAGUUAUAUAUGAUGAAGAAUCAGCUUAUCAGAAUAUUAAAAUUUUACACUCAAAACAAUUUGGAAAUAUUCUUAUCCUCAGUGGGGAUGUUAAUCUGGCAGAAAGUGACUUAGCAUAUACAAAAGCUAUAAUGGGGAGUGGAAAGGAAGAUUACACCAACAAAGAAGUGCUCAUUCUUGGAGGUGGUGAUGGAGGAAUAUUGUAUGAAAUUGUUAAAAUGAAACCAAAGAUGGUCACCAUGGUAGAGAUUGACCAAAUGGUGAUUGACGGGUGUCGAAAAUACAUGCGUAAAACAUGUGGAGAUGUCUUGGACAAUCUAAAAGGAGAAUGCUAUCAGGUAUUAAUAGAAGAUUGUAUCCCAGUCCUGAAGAGAUAUGCCAAAGAAGAAAGAAUGUUUGAUUAUGUAAUUAAUGACUUGACAGCUGUUCCAAUCUCUACAUCUCCAGAAGAAGAUUCCACAUGGGAGUUUCUACGAAUGAUUCUGGACCUUUCAAUGAGAGUCUUGAAACCUGAUGGAAAAUAUUUCACCCAGGGAAAUUGUAUCAACCUCACAGAAGCCUUGUCUCUCUAUGAAGAACAGCUUGGCAGAUUAUAUUGUCCUGUGGACUUCUCAAAAGAAGUUGUAUGUGUUCCCUCAUACAUGGAGCUAUGGGUAUUUUAUACUAUUUGGAAGAAGACUGAUAUUUGAAGCAGAAAGUCUGCACUACACAUGCUGCAUGAAAUCUGUAGGCUUGCCACAUGCUUUGUCUUGGCAUCUUGACUCUUUAAAUUAUAUGCUGUAGAUGAUUUUGAAAAUUAGUCACACUAUCAGUUGAUAAUUCUUUAAUUUUUAUUAUUUUAAUUUAAAAGCAAAUGCAAAAUGUAUAUUUUGAUGAACUAGUAUGUUAGUUUUGAAAGUCAACUUAGCUGAAUAAGCAACAAAAUUAUAGCUGCUGAAUGCACUGAACCUUUAGAAUGUGAUCAUUUUAUUAUGUUUAUUUUAGAACUUUGAACACCAGUUUUAAAAGUCAAUAUUAGCAUUUAGUGUGAUUCUGUAGAUGUUUUUUUCUUCAACAUUCAUCAGUUUAACAGUCAUGGUGUGACUUAUGCAUUGUCAAAUGAUCACUGUGCUUCCCUGAAAGAAAUUAAGAGAAAUGUUAUUUUUUUAAUAAUACCGUCUAACUCACUGGGACGUUUUACAAUAUGUAAAAAAGUUCAGCAUGAAAAAGUGACACAAAAGCACCAUCAUAAUUUACCAUCAUGGUAGUGUUAAAACCUGUGAUUUUGCUGGAUAAGAAUUACCAUGAAAGUACUUGACCCUAGUUAUGAACUAUUUAGUUUCUUUUUUCAUCACCUGUUUUUCAAUUUAGAAAGAUAUAAAUUGUUAUCUUCCCAUCCACAAAGAGAUUUACAAGAUACUUAAUAAUGGUAUAGUGAUGUACCAUUAUUAGUAACCAUUAUUGUAUGCCAUCCAGAGUCGCUUGUUGUGAGAUGGGUGACCAUAUAAAUGUGAUUGAUUGAAUAAAUAAGUGAAUUAACUAGUAUGUAGUGAAAUGUCAAUCAAAAUCAGUCUGUGUAUUUAUUGUAAGUAGGGUAGAAUAGUAGAUCAAACAACUGUUAAAGCUAUGGAGUGGACUAUUUUUCCAAAUUAAAUAUGAAAAGUUGAAAUAUAUGUAAGAGUUCUUAGUGAUUACAUGCCCUUUUAGCUUUGAUAUUAAUAUUCCUAGAGUGAGAAAUGUACAUUAAAAAUAAACAAUAUGCUUGAAACUCACCCUUUACCAGUUUUAUCUAUGGUAAAUGGGAGAUUCGUUUGUAUAGCACAAGGCAUGUCUCAUUUCAUUCAGUGUGAUCUGGACCUAAGACAUUUCUGAUGUACCAUGUCGAACUGAGUCAUUUAUGAAUCCUAUAUUUAUAUUUUGUGCCAGUUGAGCCCAGCCAUAUGGAUGGGAUAAAUCUUACUGACCUUAAGCCAUCAAUUAGCACAUAUGCUAUUUGAAUAUGCAUGUGGAAACCUAUUAGAUUAUUGGAUCAAUGUCUCCCCGUAUGCUUCUGCACAUGGUGUGAAAUUAUAUUUUUGUAAACUCUUUGUGUGUUCUGAUUUUUUGUUUGCUCAUUGUGUUGCUAUAAGCAGAUCCUUAAAAUAGUUGAGAAAUAGUUUCUUAUUGUAAUGUUGAUGCAAUAAGAGAGCAAGAGUGAAUUCAAAUGUACCAUUCUUUUUUUUCAGUCUUAAAAAUAAUUCAAUAAAAUUAUUUUCUUGUUAAUUAAAGAAGACUGUUUAUAGACUACCUCCCAAAAUACAGUGUGAAGACACUCUUCCCUUCAUUUUUGUGAAAGAUCAACAUGCUACAUAGAGAAAUUAAGAGAUAAUUUCCUGAGGUAGUUAAGAGAAGAUAGUCUAUUAUAAUCCAUGAUAAUCCUGAUAGGUAUUGAAUUUUAUUAACACUGGAAUUUACGAUGUUGAAUUUCUCAUAUACCAACAAACUAGACAAUAUAAAGAAAGCUAUAUUACAAUUUCUGAAUUAUGUGUUGAAUAAAGCCAUUUAAUAAACUAUGAUGAGCAAACUUUCAAUUAAUCGUUUUGAUGAAUGAAAAGCUAUCUUUUAUGUAAAUUUACCUAGAGUUUUGUAGGCAAACAUGAAUGGAAAGCAUGAAUCAACAUUUAAUACCGUGUUUCCCCGAAUAUAAGCACCUCCCCAAACUAAGACCUACCCUAAUUUUUUGGGGGGGGGGCUAAUAUAAGCCUUACCCCCAAAAUAAGCCAUAGUUAGGACCCUGCCCACUCCGUCACACCUCACUGCCACAAUGGGGCAGGAGGCCGCACGGCACAUUGCGUCGCUGCCGCCACAAUGAGGUGAGGCAGUAGAGGGUGGAGCUACCCCAUGUGACCUGCACCUGCUUACUGGUACUUCAGGGUCCCCCCCAGCCCAUUCCUUGAUUGGUGACCUUUCACUUGCCUCCCGAGCUGGACUGCCAUGCUACAGCGGAUGGGAUGAAUGGGGUAGGCUCGGACCCCCUCCGCUGUUUCAGAGCCAAGGGGGAGUGAUGGCAAAUGGCUCCACUGCUGCUGUGCACCGCUGGAGGGGCUUUCUUUAAGCUUCGCCCUGCAGAUCACAUGCCCAGGCGCAGCCACCGCCUCUUUGUCCUCCACCAACUCUCCCAGCCACCUGCCUCUGCCAGCCCAUUGUCGCCUGUCUCAUGGAGAAGGCAGCAACUCUGCGCAGAGAUGCAGAGCAGAGAACACUUGCUUGCUGCCUGCAUUGCCCCGCGUCUCCUUCUCCUUUUUGGAAAUGGCAACCCUGUUUCCUACCGCUUCUCCUCUUGCCACAUCUCCUCCCUCUUCCUGAAAACAUUUCUUUGCUAACUUGCUUUCCAGCUCUGGUGUGUUUCUUUUCUGCUGCAGGGAAACGGAGUUUGUGGGACUAAAAAAAGUUCAGUCAGAACUUCCAACUUCUUGUGGGGAAAAAAAAAAAAGAUUCCGCUUGGGAGGAGAGUGAAAGUUGCUGGUCAAGGAAUGGCCUGGCAGGGGGGGCAGUUCCACCCCUCCCCCACCUGCCUCACCUCAUGGCACCGGUGCAAUGUGCUGCGUGGCCUCCUGCCACAAGUGGCCACAGCAGAAGUGGGCCGGCAGCCACGUGGGUUGCUGGAUGGGGCUGUUGGUGCCCCCGAGGCGAGGUAGGUGGCACGAAAAAUAUAAGACACCUGCAAAAUUAAGACCUAAUGCCUCUUUUGGAGGCAAAAAUAAUAUAAGACAGGGUCUUACUUUUGGGGAAACACAGUAGUGGUUUUAAAACACAGGUUUAUACAAAAUCAUUUUUCUGAAGAUCAGGUGGUAUUUAUUUCUUUUUUAAAAUUGGUGAUAAAAUAUUGCAGCUGAGAGAUCUAUAGAGAGCAAGUGGAACAUUUUAAAUAUCUAGGUUUGCAUUGAAUUGUACAAUACCUAUAUUUAUAUUUAAUUAUAGUAUUUUUUGAAAUACCCUCAUGUCUUAAUUUGAAAUUUUUUUGUUAAAUGUAUUUGCCACCUAUCUUGCCAGGGGGCUACUCUAGACAGAAGUCAUACAAGACUUAUAAUGAACCUAGAGCUACCUUUAUAAAAUACAUGGAACUAGUUUCUUCCACUUUCCUAAAAAAAGAGGAAACAAUUUUGAUUCAUUGAUACCUAGGUUGUGGAAUAUUUCCAGCAGUUUCACUUGCACAUAAGAUAAUGUUUCAGGAUUUUAUUUCAGAACUGAAAUCAACAUGGGUUCUCAUUUUAAAGUAUUCCCUUCUUGCCCUAAUUUUUAUUCUUGUUAUAUUGGAAUAGAAUGUAAUGGUUAUGUUGGGAGAAAUAAUAUAUUUUUAGUUCAAAGAAUGUUUUGUGAAAGUCUUAUCUAGUCUGGAGGCCUCCCAUAAUACAUAGCUGUUUACCAAACAACCUUUUCUGUUGGUUGAAUAGAUUGAGGAUAAAUUGAAAUGUUAAAACCUUGUUUUAAAUAAACCAUCUCUGUAGUUGCAUUGCACUUGUUUUCCCUUUUGUGAGGAUAAGAUUUUGAGAAGUUACCUUUGACAGAUGAAUGCUUUUCAGAAUUUUAUUUACACAUUUAACUGGCAUAUCAUUGAGAUGGCCUCUUCAUAUAGACACACCAGAAUCAAACAUGGCUGCCCUGACUUCUCAGUUCUUGCUGCUUCCAUCAUUGUAGUUGAAUUUCAUUUUGUUAAGGGAAAUAAAGUUUGAUAACUAAUAUGACCUUCCUUAAAGAAACUGCUGGCGUUUGAUUAAUUACAGUACACUAGUUCAAAUAGAUAUGCCACAAUUACUGCACUGCCUAGAAUUGUUAUAUUCACUUUGGCCUCUAGAAUGCAAUAGCUAAAAUAAAGAUUUCACUUUCUAAAAUAAA